ACUGCUUUUAAAGCUGUUGGGCCCUGAAAUUCUACUCAACAGUUUGAAAUCACUCCACAGCUUUUCUCAUUCACCCUCCCACUUGGGGCUAAUGCAAGCCAUGACCAUCUAUUGAGGAAAACCACAAAAAACUUCAAAACAGCUACAACGGUAUUCUAAGAAGACUUCAAUUGCAUACCUUUGUUCAAGGUACCUAAUUAUUAAAAAACUGAAAUUAUCAACGUUGCUUGGAUUUUUGAUAGAAAAAGAACUAAAACCAUUUUCUGAAACUAUUUUUCAGAACAUCACUGAUACAUAAAAACUUUUAGCAUCUAAUUAAAGAUCACAAAGGGUUAAAUACUGUUCGCUGGCCCCUGCUGCGUAUACCCUGCCAAAAAGUCCUCUAAGCUUUUAAAUAUUGCUUCGAUGGUCUGCAUUUUUAUUUCCAGGGAAAAAGAGAGUAUUGUCCCACAGUCAGCAGGCCACUAGCUUAUUAGUUUUCAGUCACCUUAAUUUCUAUUAAAAUGAAGACUCUGCAAUCUACACUUCUCCUGUUCCUGUUUGUGCCUCUGAUAAAGCCAGCACCACCAUCUCAGCAGGAUUCACGCAUUAUCUAUGAUUAUGGAACAGAUAAUCUUGAAGAAACCUUUUUUAGCCAAGAUUAUGAGGAUAAAUACCUGGAUGGAAAAAGUACUAAGGAAAAAGAAACUAUGAUAAUGGUACCCGAUAAGAAAAGUUUUCAAUUACAAAAAGAUGAGAAUAUAACGCCAUUAUCCCCCAAGAAAGAAAAUGAUGAAAUGCCCACAUGCCUGCUAUGUGUUUGUUUAAGUGGCUCUGUAUACUGUGAAGAAGUUGACAUUGAUGCUGUACCACCUUUGCCAAAGGAAUCAGCCUAUCUUUAUGCACGAUUCAACAAAAUUAAAAAGCUGACCGCCAAAGAUUUUGCAGACAUACCUAACUUAAGACGACUUGAUUUUACGGGAAAUUUGAUUGAAGACAUAGAAGACGGUACUUUUUCAAAACUUUCUCUGUUAGAAGAACUUACAUUAGCUGAAAAUCAACUACUGAAGCUUCCAGUUCUCCCUCCCAAGCUUACUUUAUUUAAUGCAAAAUAUAACAAAAUCAAGAGUAGAGGAAUCAAAGCAAAUACAUUCAAAAAACUGCAUAACCUCUCCUUCCUCUACUUGGAUCACAAUGCUUUGGAAUCUGUGCCUCUUAAUUUACCAGAAAGUCUGCGUGUAAUUCAUCUUCAGUUUAACAACAUAACUUCAAUUACAGAUGAUACAUUCUGCAAGGCUAAUGACACCAGUUAUAUUCGGGACCGCAUUGAAGAGAUACGCUUGGAGGGCAACCCCAUCAUCCUGGGAAAACAUCCCAACAGUUUUAUCUGCUUAAAAAGAUUGCCUGUAGGGUCAUACAUUUAACCACUAUCAAUGCAGCAUAGCUAAAGUACACACAUACUUAUAAUCUGUCUCAACAAUGUCUAAAGGAGCAUAAAUAUUUAAUAUUAAUUUUGCAUCUGACUAUUGAAGGAACUUAUGCUUUAAGCAAGGAUGUUAAAAAAAAAGUCUUAUAUAUAACAAGUAAAAAGUAAGAUUGAAUCUCUAAGUUCAAAACAGAAAUGUGAAAAUAUUUGAACAGAAUUACAAAAUCCCUGUAGUUAGUAAUAGAGUACCACUUAAAAGGUAUGUUUUUAUAUAAAUACCCAAAAUUAAGAAGUGUUACAAAGUUAAAAGAUAAGUCCAAGAAACUUUCAACUGUCUUUCCUGGCUUCCACUGGAUCCCUAAACCUUUUAAGGCAUAUGUUCCAAAGACUUUGAAAAGCUGAAUAUUUCUAAGGAUCUCUCACUUUUCUUUCUUUUAUGAUUUAUACAUUAUUCAUUAUGAAGUAGGAACUCUGUUUUCUUUCUUUUAAGGCAGCUACUAUAUUUUUACUUAGCCUGAGAAAUAGGGUAUAGUCUUAUACCUAAGCAAAACUUUCCAAAUAAAGCAUAAUUUUACUCUCUUGACAAAGGGCUAAUAUAGUAAUGUUCAAUUAUUCUGUUCUGUGGUCAUACAAUUAAAAGCUUUAGUAAAGUAGUACAAAAAUUUAUUUAAUCUAAAUAAUCAACAUUCUAAGUCCACCACAAAACAUUUUAGGAAGCUAGGCACAUCAAAAUCAGUAUGCUUAUUAAAAAAACUGAGAGUCCACUCUGUUUCUCAGAAUAUAGCCAUAAAGUUCUCCACUGUAAAGUCUUUCAGUUAUGACAUAUCAACAAAAUAUUUUUUAUACUAUAGGAAUGAAUCUUAUCAAUAAAUUUAUCCAAAUAUAAGAUAUGAAAACAAAGCAAAUUCUGUGGCAUUACUAUUGCGCACCACCUUCCCAACCACCCAUACACAUUCAUGUUCAUGAAAAUAGGCCAUAUAUUCACAAGAAAGCAUCUCAGAAACAUUUUCUAAAGAUCCACGAUUAACUGAUAUGUUUAAAGAUAAGAAUUAUCUCUAAUCUAAUGGUAAUGAUUUAUAAUGGCACUGCUGCCAGACUGAAAUUCCUGAAAUUACUUUCCUCUUGCCCAAAUCCCAUUCAAAAUUCUUAGCUUCCACACUUCUUUGGGGUUGCAUAUAAAAUUAUCACUGCUUUAGAAAUAAAAGUCUGAAGGGCAUAUAUAAAAAUUACCAACAUUAUUUCUAACAUCAAUUAUAAAUUAGAAUCAAGUUGGUCUCUAUCUUAUUUCCAGAACAAAUAUUGGUGUUUUUUCAUUUCAUGAUAAAAUAAUAAAAGUAAAAAUAUGCUCAUUUCCAUUAUCUUAAA